AUGAACACCGAACAAUCAUCUCAUUUACUCCGGCCAACAACCGCUUACGCCGGCCGACUCGACAGAGACUUUGGCGUUGGUGACUCCAACGCCGCCUCCGACACAAUCUCAUGCCUCCGCUGGGCUCCCAACACUGGCGGUUCCAGAUACCGGCUGGCGUCGACCUCGUGGGACGGCAAGGCCCGCGUCUACGAUAUCUCCAACGACGGCAGCUGCACGCUGGGGGCAGUCUUUGGAACAUCUGACCAACCGCUGUUUACAUGUGCCUGGAGCAAGGACGCCACCAUAACAGCAACAGCCGGAGCCGGCAAGUCCAUAACCCUACACGACGUAGCAGGACGGCAAAACGGCCACACCUUUGCCGCACACGACGCACCCAUCAGCGGCAUCUGCAUGCCCGAGACCUCGUCGCACCAGGACCCGGUGCUGAUCAGCGCGUCGUGGGACCAGACCGCGCGCGUCUGGGACCUCCGCAACACUGCUUGCGCCUUGCACGUCCUCCGUCUCCCGGAGCGCGCCACCGCUCUCGUCUCAUCGGGCCCCAAGGUCCUGAUCGCCACGGCGGACCGCUUCGUCCACGCCGUCGACCUCGUGCGCGGCGCCGCCGCCGUGCAGCGCUCCGUGCAGGUCCCUCUGGACCACAGGGUCACGACGCUCGCGCUGGCUGCGGACCAGAAGACGUGGGCGGUUGGCGGGAUUGAGGGCAGGGUUUGGGUGGAUAGUUUGAGUCUUGUGGAUGAGAGAUUCAGACAAUUCUGCUUCAAGGCCCACCGCGACCCGAGAGACGCAAACGGCGAGGUCAAGGUGUGGACCGUCAACGACGCGGCCUUCAACCCUCGAGACAGUGACGUGCUGAGCACGGCGGGGUCGGACGGCACUUUUGUCUUUUGGAACAUUGCGAGCCGCUCCAGGCUUUGCUUCUUUCCCGCCCUCCCGGGAGCCAUCACGGCGACGUCAUUCAGCCCGGACGGUCGGUUGUUUGCCUAUGCCGUCGGCUACGACUGGUCAAGAGGGUUCUCUCAUAACCAUCCCGAGUACCCGACCAAGUUGAUGCUGCACCCGGUGUCGGAGGAGGAGCUCAGCAGGAGGCUGUGA